GACAAUUAUCUCGUUUGCUUCGUGUAAAUUUUGCAAUGUACAAGAUUCAAAUCCGUCUAUUUAUCAAUGAAUAUGGUUUACAUUAACAGAUAAUCGUUAUUUAUGUCGCCUAAUUUAUUAUUAAUCUUAAAAACAAUACAUAAGUCUAAAUAGUUGUGAUUUUUUGGUUAAAAUGGAGGAUCUCAAUUUGACAGAGACCGAAAUGAGAUAUUUCGGCGAUUUGUUUUUAUGUUGUGACGAGGAAUCCAAUGGGAAAAUACCAAUUUUAAAAGCAACGGAAUUAUUUAGAUCAUCAAAUAUCCCUAACGAUGUUCUCAAACAGAUCAUGGAUAUAAGCGUGGCUCCGAACAGCUGUGCGUCCUUGAAUCAUAUGAAUAGGAAACAAUUUUAUUCAGCAUUGAAAUUAAUAGCUGCACAUCAAUCUAACAUGGUUUUAAAGCCAGACCUGCUAUCAACGUCGCUAGACUUACCAUUGCCGCGGUUCACGUGGGCACUCAACUCAGAAGCAAAUGCUGACUUAAUACAGUUAUCAAAUUCCCCAAAAGAACAACAUAUCUCCAAAAGAGAAAGAAACUUUUCCGGUAAUGUGGGUGCUUAUGAACCAAUACGAGUAUCAUCAAAUCUUUCUGAUAGUGAUGUUCCUCAAACCAUGUCUCAUGACAAUACCGAGGCACUGAGUACAGACUCGGAGAUGGAAUCUGAAACAUUGUCACAAAGAUCAGGUUCUCAUGGGAGGAGAGGAAAGACUGGGUCACCCUGGAGUACGGCUAGCGAUAGCCCUACGCCAACCAAUAGCGUAGCAGAGCGCGUGCAUCCUGUGUGGGAACACAGUGCAACAGGUCGGGGUGUUUGGCCAGCAAACACUGGAGAAGAACAUGCACAGCUCUUGGGUACUGAAGAAGAGUCUUCAGAUCGUCAUUCGUCUGAAGAAGAGGGCGACACAGAGACGGGCGAGGACAUGUGGGCGAUCAGUGAGGCGCAAGCGCGCCACUACGCCGCUCAGUUCGCGCAGUUGCGCCCAGAUCGUGGUAUGCUCUCCGGACAAACAGCUAGGUUGUUUUUUGAGAAGUCCCGCCUCUCCGUGCCAGACCUCCGAAAAAUUUGGCUCCUCUCUGACAUCAACAAAGAUGGCAUGUUAACUCUUGAAGAGUUCAGUAUAGCUAUGCAUUUAAUCGUACUUAGACGAAACAAUAUUCCGGUGCCGGACAUUCUGCCCGCCUGUCUGGUGCCGAAAGUAGACUCGCGCUUCUCUCAGCAGGCCGUCACCACGGACCUCGUAGAUCUCGGUUCAGACAUGUUCAGUUCCGGAACAUCGGCCGACUUCAAUUUCGCUCCCAAAACUGACAAGGAUACAUACGACGGUAAACAAAAAAAAGAGGAACGACAACCGUCACUCACCCCUCCGAAACCAGAGCAACAAGUCAACAACAAAGAAUGGACCAAAUUCGUAGACUCCCCCACAUCAAGCGUAUCCAGUCCCGGACCUAAACCCGUUAAUUUCGAUUUCCACAAGUCUGCCGUGGAGAAGGACCCUAAAAUCUUCCACCCCGUGGCGGUGCGCGUAACGCCAGACGCUAACUCGCUACCGGCGCACGGCGAGGGCGACCUGCGUUCCAGUACGUCACCGCGUCGCGACGACUUCGCGCACGCUUUCGAACUGGCCAGCCCCAAACGGCUCAACUCGCAGCCGCCCGCUGAGCCUCCGCCAAACGGCAGCGCCGAGAUCAAAUCCAUCCAGCGGCCGCAGCCCAAGAAGCCCGUGAAGAGUGCGGGCGUGCUGCCGCCGCCGCCGGCGCGCGAGCCGUCUGUGCACGCGGACGACGGCCCGCAAUCGCUGCAGUUCGCGCCCAAAAAGGAGCCCCCUCCGCCGCCGCCGCCGCGGCCGCUGCGCAACCACACGCGCUCCAGUUCGCUGGACCUGAACCGCUUGAAAGCCGCGCCGCCACAGCCUCCGCAGCCGCCGCCGCGCUCGUCGCCGUCGGCCGCGUCCCCUCCGGCGCGGCGGCCGCUGCUCAACCAGCGGUCGGAGGGCGAGCCCGCGUUCCCGCCCGACGCGUUCGCGCCGCGCGACUACGACGGCGAGGGCUUCGGCUACGUGCGCGACGACGCGCCCAAGAUGCACGGCGCCUUCGAGGUGUACCGCAAGCCGUCGCGCGAGGCGUCGGCCGACGCCGACCCCGACGUGAAGGCGCUGCAGGAGCAGAACGCCGUGCUGCACCGCGUGUGCCGCGCGCUGUGCGCCGAGCUGGCCGACGUGCAGCGCGAGCGCGAGGCGCUCAGGGCGCGCCUCAACCACUCCACGCCCGUCUAGUCAGUCGCAACUACUAAACUAUGUCCCCACAGUUAGAACGAGCAGCGAACGUCUCGUGGCGCGGCUUCCUACUCACAAAAUUACGGCCUGGUAAGGAGCUCUGUUGACUGUACUCGGGCGAACCGACCUGGGUCCUUCUCGAGAGUUUUAUCGAUGGAUUGGUGCACAUCGUGCGUUUUGUCUGUCAUGCAUGUGAUUAUAAGUAACGUUGUAGAUAGGUGAUAAAUUGAUUAAUAUCGCAAUUUCAUGAAAUUUAUAUUAUUUCCUUUGCUAAUCGUGUAAAUUAUCCCAGUAUACAUAAGUAAAGAUCAAAUGAUAAGUAAAACGAUUGUAAGUAACUAAAAUAGCUAUAAUAUCUAAAGUUUAAAAAUACUAAAUUUUUACAAAAACAAAAUCCAUUUUUUUUAACAAUCGAUAUUUUUAGCUUUGACUGUUUUCAAAAGCUCUAGUUUGUUGCUGUUUGCCUUCAUUACUAUCGUCUAUACAUGAAAACGUUUAAUGCUCUUUCAUUUAAAUUAAAGAGGCUAUAAAUUGUACAUUGGAAAUGUACGUCCAUUAUUCCAUUACUUUUAAAUGUCCCGAUUAGUUUUUUGUCAAUAUGUAGUCAUUAAUUACAAUAUCAAUAUAGCUAAAGCAAUGCGUUCUAGGGGGAAUUAUCUCAAAAAGAUUUUAAUAUACUAAUUAAAUAAGUAUUUAAAAGCUUUUUGUUAUUCUUUUAAUAGUCGUACUUUUAUUUCCAGUGAUAUGAAAUAUGAAAUCGCCAAAAUAGAAUAUAAGGGGGUAUUUUUCGAACAAGAACAUACAAUUUAUACAAAAUCAAUUUACGUGCAACAGAUAAUACAAUUUUAGCCAAAUUUGAUUUUGAUUGCCUACCUUUAUGAUGCCGAUUUUAUUAAAAUUUUAAUUUUGAUGUUUGCUACGAAGUAGGCUUUUACCUUUUGGAAUGAAUGGUUGUGUCGUGUUGUAUUUAUGUAUUGUACAGUGGGCGUGUGGGUUUAUUUUAUUGUUAUAUAUUUCACAGUUUUGUAUUAUGCACGUGCCACUUCUGGAUGCGUGGCUUCUCUAAGGAGAUGGUGUUGGCCAUACUUAAUGCAGAAAAUUUGUUUUUAUUUUUUUUUUCGAGCCGAUCGCGCUAUGCGUCUGAAACAAAAUUUUUACAAGAAUUUCGGGUGUCGUACAGUCAAUGGCACGCUCAGUUUUACGCCUCAGAUUUAAACUCAACUCUAUGGUACAUAAAAUAAGAUGGUCCAAAGUGUAAAGCUUAGUAUUCUGUUGCUUGUCUAAGACGAGGUUCAACAAUUUGUUUAGGUU